AUGGCAAUUGUAGAAGAUGAAGUUCGUAAUGGAUCAGAAGGAGAUGAUGAAAUUGAAGUGGUUGUCGAAGAAGAAGACGGUGACCAAGAUUCUGACGACUCAGACGAUGACGAUGAUGAUGAAGUUGAAGAUGCAAUGGAGAAAGUAAAUGAAUUGGAAAGGAGAAUAGAAGAAGACCAUUAUAAUUAUGAUGACCACAUAAGUUUAAUACAGGCAUUAUGGCGCCUAUCAGACUUAGAUCGUUGGAGAGCUGCAUUUGAUAGACUUCAAAAUACUUUAGUGCUUCGACCAGAACAUUGGCUUCUGAGAAUUCAAACUGAGGAAUCACUAGCCCAUACAAGUGAAGCUCAGGCAGAAAUAGUUAAUCUUUUCAAACUAGCUACCCUUGACUGUUAUUCUAUAUCUAUUUUAAGUGAAUGGUACUCAUGGUCAUUAAGCAUUAAUGACGUAACUGAAGUGCGCGGGCAACUUGAAGAAGUGUUACGGCGUGCAGGUGCUGAUCCACUUUCAGGCAAAGCCUUUUGGGAUGCCCGGUAUGAGAUGGAAAAAGCACAACUUGAAGCCAUGAGUGAAGAUGAUUCAGAGUAUGAAACACAAAAGAAGCGUGUACUAUGGUGCUUGGAAGAGACAUUGUCGCGACCACUUAUCAGAGGAGAGGAAGUGUGGCAGCCAAUGGAAGAACUAGCACUACAAUUAUAUGAUCAGGAGUAUGUUGAUAAGAUAAAAAAGAUCCACGAAGUGGCUGUUGAAUAUUUGCAGAAAAUAAGUGGAUUUGAAGAUAAAUUAUUGGUUAUUGAGGAUGUUGAAGAAAAAUACAAAAUGUACCAGGAGUACAUAGAUACAGUGAAGGACUUGGCUCAAAACGAAAAGUAUUCGGAAUGCGACAGUAACGGUAUACUAAAGGUUUUAUACGAUCGCGCAACUACAGAAUGCCUUACGUCGUCUCAAUCGCACGAUUUGUUACUCGCGUACGCACGUCACGUGCAACGUACAUCGUCACGUGAUACGAUACAUCGCGUGCUAGACUCGUGCACACGGAGAUGUCCUCGGAAAUCAACCUUCUGGGUGCUGAAGAUGCAGCAGGCUGAACAUGAGAAUAAGGAGUUUGAUGAGGUUAAAACUAUAUUCGAAACGGCUUUAUCAAAAGGAAUGGAUUCGUACAAACAAGCUGAGUCCCUAUGGUUAAGUUACUGCGAAUAUACACGGCGGAAAACGGCCUUCGAUAAUGAACCGGAAGUAGAAAGACUAAGGUCCACGUUUCGACUCGCCUGGGAUUCAUUGGCUGAGGCUUGGGGCGACGAAGCCAAUGAUUGUGAAAUACCACUGUUCUGGGCUAGACUCGAAUACAAGAGAAUGAAAGACCCAAAGCAAGGGAAGGAGAUAUUUGAAGAAAUAUUUAAGUACGGUGAAAAUAAAACCCUAUCUAAAUAUUGGGAAGCGUUAAUUCACUUGGAAAAGUGCCGAGAGCCACCGGCCAACGAGAGAAGGUUGCGCGAAUUACAUCGGCGAGCGUUACGAAGUGUCACAGAUUACCCACCGACUCUGGUUCGUCUGUGGACAGACUUUGAAAGGGAUAUUGGCGAGCUACAGACUAUGUUAGAAUGCUCUGAGCUGUGUCAGGCUAAAGUAAAAGAAUGGCGGGACAACUAUCAAGCUAUGAAAGAAAAAAUGACAGGUCAAAAACAAAAAGGAAAACAGGCACAAAACAAAAAAGGAAAGAUAGACAAAAGAAAGCAGACCAACGCUCAAGGAAAAAGAAAGUCAGGGGAAACAUCUGAGGGUAGUGACGUGAAGAGGAAAAGAGAAGGAGAUAUGGAAGUGGAAGAGAGCGAAGGAAAUAAAGAUAGGGGGAGCGGGACGAAAAGACGUCAUGAUGUUGAAGAUGAAGGUGAUAAUAAACGUCAACGUAAAGAAAGUACGAGCGAGACGAAGAGGUUUGGUACCAGAGAGUCUUGUACUCUUUUUGUUAGCAAUCUCGAGUUCAAGGUAGACGAAAAGAGCUUACGUGAAAAGUUAUCUGAGUUUGGUAAAAUUGUGUCAAUGAGGGUAAGAGCUGGAGUCAAAGCUUUCGGUGGAUCUAUAUGUUACUGCCAGUAUGAGACACCGGAAUCAGUAGACGAAGCAGUGAAGCAUGAUCGUGUACCGUUAAACGGUAGACCGAUGUUUCUUUCGCGGUAUACGGCGACGAAAAACACACCCACAUUCAAAUAUCCCACCGAUGUUGAGAGGAAUAAGUUGUUUGUAAAGAAUUUACCAUUUUCCCAUUGCACUAAAGAGGCUCUUACUGAGAUAUUUGAUAAACACGGUGCUCUAAAGGACGUACGGGUCGUCACUUUCAAAGAUGGAAAACCCAAAGGCCUUGCAUACGUAGAAUAUGAAGAUGAGGCAUCAGCAAACGCUGCGUUGGACAAGACAAAUGGUCUACUAGUCGCCGAUCGGAAGAUAGAUGUCGCUAUAAGCGCACCUCCGCCAAAGAAAGACGCAGGACAAGCGAGUCUUGGCUUGCCCAAACGAGAUACGGGAGGAGGAAUGAGACGGACACAGCUCAGUAGUUUCAUACCCAGCGUGCUUCAAAAGGCAUCGACAAGUAAUGGCAAUGGCUCGGCCAAUGGCGAUAAACGACCGCUCUCUAACCACGACUUCAGAAAUCUUCUGCUCAAAAAGUGA